UCCGGAUCCACUUCCGGUGUACACGCGCCGGGGGUCGCGCCCAAACAUGGCGGCGCUACGCUUCGUCGUGGGGACGCCCUGAGCGAGACGCAGCAGCAGUAACAGCUGCUGGGCGGCCCGUGUGAGAGGAGGCCAGGAGCCGCACGGACGAGCGUGGGCCAUGCCGCGUCGUAGCCGGGCUGGGUCGCGCAGUCGCUGAGCCCCGGGCCGUCACCUCCACUCACAGGACAAGGCGGGGCCAAUGGAAGCCAUGAAGCCGCAGAUUUCGCUCGGAGGGCCUCCGCGGAAGGCAGUCGGUGGGAACCAGCAAACCCUCACCGACUGGCCCUCCUAUGCCUCCGUGGCGGCGACAACUGCCGCCUCCGUCACCACCACCGUAGCCAUGGCGCCGACGGCGGCCUCGCCGUCGGCGGCUGCACCGGCAGCGUCGCUCCCCCCGGGCCCCGCCCGUGCCCAACGGGUGGCGGAGGAGGUCCACUCGUACCUGGACGCGCUGGCCGCGUGCUGCGCCGCGGGGUCGCGGGCGGCCGCCUCGUUUGGCCGCGCGCUGGACGGGACGCCGCUCGGCGAGGCGGCUGUCGGGUUCGCGGAGGCGCAGGAGGUGGUGCGGAGCACGGCCGGGGCGCUGGCAGCGCUGGUGCGCGCGGAGGUCUCCGAGAUCGCCAGGGGACUGGGACCGACGGCGCCGGGCGACGGCGCGGAGAGGGGGAGGCAGGACAUACAGGUUAUGGGCUCCUGCCUCUCGAUGCUGGUGCGGCUGCAGUGCAGCGUGCUCUCCCAGGGCGUCAAGACGCUGUUGCCCGUGGCGCGGGCGCUGGGCCACGAGCUCGCCGGCGACCUACUGGCGCCGGACGCCGGCCGGACGCCCCCUGACCCCGACACCGAGCAGCGCGACGCCCUGCAGACUUGGCGCCAGGCUGUGCAGGCCACAGCGGCGCUCCGCGGGCGGGCCCCGGACGGCACGCUCGUGGGCCGCGAGGUGCAGAAGCUCUUCUGCUGCCAGGGAAACCACGUGGCGGAUGCGCAGCUACGUGAGCUCAACAGCCAAGUGGACCACGCGCUGCAGGCAUACAUGCAGGCCCUGGAGAGACUGCACCAGAGUGAGUUCUCCAUGAAGGCCGGGUUCCACCGGAGCCCUGCGCACACCGAGGAGGUGCUGCAGGACUGCUGCAUCGAGGCGGAGGCCCAGCAGGCUGGGAUGAGCCGCCUGUCGGAGGCCCUGGUGGCCCUAGAGCUGCCCACCGUAUCGCUGCACAUCGGCAGCGCGCACCUCAAGGGCGUGCCUUCCAGCAGCCUCACCACCGCCGACAACCUCGCUGCCAAGAUGCAAGCCAUGCGAGCAUUUCUGAAGGAGGCGUUGGGUGUGACGACGGCGCCACGCAGCUCCAGCCAACGUGAUGGCGCCGGCGAUGCCGGCGGCACCGGCGGCACCGUGAAAAUCGUCCCCGGCAGCGAACUUGGCUCCAACGGUGUGGGGGUGCCGGCGGCGGCGGCGACGUUGACCGGGGCCAACGGAGCUCCUGUGGCUGGCGGUGCCGGUCACAAGACGCUGGCGGCCGAGGAGGAGCUUGGGCGCGAGACGCUGGGACACGUGUGCCCCUCGGUGUGGCGCGGAGCCUGCAAGACGGCCGUGCAGCUGUUGUUCGGUCAGGCUGGGCUGGUCGUGGUUGAUACAGCCGAAGUGGAAAACCGGGAGGCGUACACGCCACAGAUCAGCCAGGAGGGCGACAAGAUCGUCGUGCAGGUGCCGUCCACCUGGUGCGUGAAGGAGGACCCAGCCACCAUGUCGCUGCUGCGCCGGUGGCUCGACCCCGAGCGCUCGGUGGCGCUGGUGGACGUGCUCUACACCGCCACGCUCGAGCCGGCCCGCUGGCGGGCGGGCAGGGCACAGGCGCUGCCCUGCAUCCAGCUGCUGCUGAGGCGCGAGGCGGCCGACUCGCCCAGCAUGGCCGAGCUCCCAGAAUGCACGGCGGCGAGCGCCAAGCCGAGCGGCGGCUUCCAGAAGACGUUCUCGCGGCUCACCUCGCGCCUCACCAAGAAGCACGCCGCCUCCGUCACGUUCCAGGGCGCCGCCAAGAGCGGCCCCUCCCGCCACGACGAAGACAAGAAGGCGACGCGCGCCUUCGUGCCGCCGUCCGCCGUCGGUGGCGCCGGCUCGUGGAAGGCCACCUCCGGGCCGCUUGCCAAACUCGCGUCCUCCGGUAGCCCGGCACGUGGCGGCACUGGUGGCGGCGCGACCGGCGCCGCCGCCGCGGUGGCGGGAUCGAGCGUCAAGCGGGGCACGGGGCUGAACCUGCCGAGCGACCAGGAGAUGCAGGAGGUUAUAGACUUCCUGUCGGGCGUCGGACUCAGCAAGUCGCAGCAGCCGUCGCCGAUGAACCAGCGCCGCACGCCGGACCCGGGAGCGCCGUUCCCACCGCGCUACACCGGCGGUGGCGGUGGAGGCAGUGGCGGCGGUGCUGGCGGUGCUGGCGGUGGUUUCCCGCCCCCGAUGCUGGGUGCUCUCGGCCCCACCACGCUCUUCAAGGGGUCGCCUCACGGCCCCGGUUCCGGAGCUGCCGCCCUGCCGCCACCGCUGACUCCGCAGCAGCAGCAGCAGCAGGCGGCGCAGGCGGUGCAGGUGGCACAGGCGGCGCAGGCGGCAGCUGGAAUUUGGUCGGCGUGGGAGCUGCAUGGGCGGCUCGGGCCGGGGCCCGGCGAGGGCACGGCCAAGACGGCGCACGUGAGGAACAACACGUGGCCCAAUCGCUUCCAGCCAGACGGUCUGUGCGGUGUCCCCGAAACCUUCCUCUCCCUCGACCCCGCAGUCAAGGGCGACCCGGAGUACGCGCGCUACGUGACGGGUCUGGCGCAAGUGCUGCAGCACCAACAGCAGCAGAAGUCGUCUCAGCACCAGCACGGCCCGGGCCACCGGGCGACACCGAGCAGUCAAGCGCAGCCGGCACUCGGGGAGGCGGUGGCGGCGGGAGAGUGGCAGUCGGCGCCGGCGGCUCGUGAAAUCGGGGAGGCCGCCCGUGCCUGGCAGUGCAAGGACUCGUUCAUGCCCAAGGUGGCGGCGCCAGGAGCCGGCUGGCUCGGACUGGGCGGGCGCCCGGCCCAGCACGGGGAGGAGCCCCUACCGGCCAACGGGCACGCGUGCUUCUCCAUGUUCUCGGGGCCAGACCUGGUGGCGGCCGUGAGCCAGCGUCGGCGGCACAGCAGCGGCGAGCAGCAAGUCGCGGCCGUGCUGUCCAUGCCCCGCGCUCCACCAGACACCGUCUCGCAGGAAAAGACAAAAACGUGGCCUCUCAAAUCGCCGUGGAUGGCCGCCUCCACGCUGGUGCCCACCAGCACGGCUCCGUACCCGGACGCCGGUCCUCCGGUGCCGUGGUACGAAGACUCUGCAGCGCCAGCGGUCUUCCCGCCGUCCGUGUGGUCAACGGAGGCGUGCGACGGCACGGCAGCCGUGGCGUCAGCGGAAUUCACGCCGUACAUACCGCACCAGCCGGGCGCCGGCGCCGCCACGCAGCGCCUGGGAGCGCCGGGCUACGGGCAGGGCCCUGGCGGAGAGCGCAGGGUGUACACGAGGCCGUACUGAGCGGUCGCUGCACCGGCUUGAGAGCUUGAUUACGGCAGGAACUCUGUCGCAAGGGCGCGCACUCUGUUUAUUACACACACACAAGCGCACUACCACACUGUAACGAAACACACGUACUUUCGUACUACCACACCAUUUUAUCAUAUUACACCGUCACGCUUUCACACAAUAUCUUAACACACACUCUUACACAGUAGCACACUACCGUACACCAUCACAUCCUCUGCCACACACACACAUUCGCACUUGUACUCUCAAACUCUCACACACGUGCGCACACGCGCACUUGUUCACCGCCUGCACCGUGGGCUGCGAGCCGCAGCUGAGCUCAACUCAACGCCAGCGAGGGGGGGGGAUCGCCGUAGCCGAGUGCCGAUUUAAGGCGCCACUCCCCCCCGCCCCGUCCCGUGGGGAACUGGCUUCCGGCACGGUGGCGGGGCACCGGGUAGUGGCGGUGGGUGCCUGCACGGCGCUAGUAGGGUUGGGGGUGGUAGCUUCGUUUUGACACUAAAGCGUUACGUACGUCUGCGGGGCAAUAUUUAGUUUUGUUGGGGGGGGGAACCACGUCCCGGCAUUGGCCACGGGCUGGCGUUCAAGCCCGAGGAAAGCGCCAUCGCCGCUCGAGCUAGCCAAAGGUAUUUCUCAAUGCGGUGCCUUGCCGCUGCCCGUGCACAAAACUCGCGCGCGGUUGUUGUGGGCGUUGAAAAUAAAACUCAAAACUAUUUUAUGACCAACAAUCUGAGACCAAGGUGUGGGCAUUGGGGGGGGGGGGGGGGGGGAAGGCCUUGGCCCGGGUUAGAGUAAAAAUAAAGAAAGCCCGGCCAGGUCGGAUUGAAACCCUGCGAAGAGCGCCUGCCAUCGACAGUGGUGUAGUCCCGCCAAUGCGUUCAGGAGCGAAUGUUCUCAACGUUCAACGUGAGUUUGCGCGACGCAAAGCCCGCACGUGUGAUGCCGGUGGCCCGCAAGUGUUGUUACGCGUUGUGUUGUCGUUAUUGUUGUGCGGAGGCAUUCCAUUGAGCUGACCCGUGUGCAAAGCGUCCCGUUCUGAGAGAACCUUCCAUGGCUGGAACAGGAGGUAUUUUACAUGGCUUGCUGCGUCGUCCACGUUGUUUCUCUUUGUUUUUUACUGCCCACCCCCACGUAACACUGUUUUUUUUUUGUCUAAAAAGAGCGUAGUUAAAAACUACUAACGAAUAUUAGCUCAACGAUAUAACAAGAGAUGAAUCUUGCAACGGCAUAUGCAGAGGGUAGAGCGUUGACCUUCCAAAGUGCGAGCUGCUAUUCUAUGGCUAAUGGUGCUCCUGUAAAGGUAUGUAUGUGUACACUGGUUUCUACUGUGCGAGACGGCAGCUUGUAACUGCCUGCAGUGAGACUAUUCUUCGUUGUUCUUUGUAUUCCAGUACUGAAAAUACAGCCUAAAACAUG